AGAGGCAGCACUUGGUAGUCAACCAAAAAAAGUUUUUGACGUUUCUCUGGAUCAUUAAUAAAAAAUAAUUAAACUUUUUAAUUAUAAUAUUUAAAAAAUGGCUGAAUAUUCUGUAAUAACAUCAGACUUUGUAAACGUGAGCAUCACAUCUUCUGGACAGCAGAGUUGCAUUGAAAGGAGAUUUCAAAAAGGAAUAACUAUUGAUGAUUUGAAGGGAAAAUUGGAAUUGCUGACCGGUGGGAACCGGUCUACGAUGCAAUUGGAGGUCUUUGAUAAAAAUAAUAAACUAAUUUGUAGCCCUAAUGAAGGAUCACGUCUUUUAGGAUCGUAUCCUAUUGAUGAUGGGAUGAUUUUACAUGUUACUGAUAAUUUUAUACGAAUUGAUGAUGAGUUGUCAAAUGUCCCAAAGUUUGAAAUAUCUGAUGAUGAUUAUUCAAAAAGACCUGAUACUGUAAAAGCAUUUAUGGCUAAAAACAAACUAGGAAAGUACAAUGAAGAAGAAAUGAAGAAAAAAGAAGAAGAUAAAAAACGUGAAGAAGAAUCAGAAAUUGAGUGGACAAAAAAUUUCAAACCGGGCGAUCGUUGUGAAAUAAGUGUACCGUCACAACCAAAACGACGCGGUACGAUUAUGUAUGUUGGUAAAACGGAUUUCCAAGAAGGUCUUUGGGUUGGUGUUAAGUAUGAUGAACCACUUGGAAAGAAUGAUGGAUCAGUAAAUGGAAAAAGAUAUUUUGAAUGUCCUCCUAAAUACGGUGGGUUUGUCAGGCCUCUUUAUGUGAAAAAAGGAGAUUUCCCAGAGGAAGACUAUGAUUUAAAUGAAGAAAUAUAAAUAUUUUAAGACUUCUUUUAUACUACUUAAAAUUAUUUUUCAUAUUUAUAGCAUAACAAUUGUUAUAAAUUUAUAAAUAAAUGCUCAAAGAGAUUGCUUUUUUAAAAUAAAAUAAUUAAACGCA